CACUCCUCGCUCAACAUGGGGAAAAAUAACAGGGAGAGGAAGGCGACGAAGCAGGGGAGAAAAGAACUUAGGAGCGUGAAGCAGAGCGUCAGUACCGGUGAAAAGAGCGUCGUCGAGUCCAGCCAGAUGACUGCUCAGUCGGUUUCUAAUUGUCUUCCCAUGGAAAUAGUGACGGAGAUCCUUUCUCGCCUUCCUCCAGAGCCAUUGUUGAGGUUCAGGUCGGUCUGCAAGUCAUGGCGUGAUCUUAUCGACAGCCACGACUUCAUCCACAAUCUGCACCUUCCUCGAGCCAGGGCCGCAUCUCCCACGAACCUCCUGUACCAACGGAUGAACGACCUGUUCUGCUUUGAUUACGAGUCCCCUGCCUCCACCUCCAGGAAGAUCCGCCUUCCUUUCCCAACCGGCGAUCGCGACGUCUCAUUAACCUCCUGUCGCGAUGGCUUGCUCUGCUUGUCACGGCUGAAUCUGAGGACGGGCGUUUAUUCCUUUAAUGUCGUCAAUCCAAUCACCGGAAAGGGUGUGCACCUCCCUCAAACGGGUUGUAGGUCUGCCCUUCAUACCUGCCAGCUCCUAUGGUGUCCUGAUCAUGAAAGCGUUGGAGGAGGAGGUGGGGUUUACAAGGUUCUCUUCGUCUACAGGGAGACGGAGGGCGGAGUCCGCUCUCUUGUCUGUACGCUUCACCGGAUGGACCUGACCUGGCGACGUAUUCCUAACUCUUUUACAACUUGGGACAAUGACUACGGGGAGUUGAAGGAGUCUCCAUGCGUCAAUGGAGCUGUUCACCGCGUCCACAGCUACCUUCGCGAGGAUUUGGAAUGCGGCAUUGCCGCCUUCGAUAUCCACCAAGAGAGAUUUACAGAAAUUGGGUUCCCUCCGGACUGUUGCUCCCCGGAAAAGAGGUGUUGGAGUGCCUCCGGCUAUUUACGCCAUGUGCCGAGAGUGGCGGAGCUGAGAGGGCUCCUUGCUUUGUUCCACAUGGAUGGUUCUGGCACUUUCAUGGAGACAUGGUUGCUGACUGAUUAUUAUGGUGGCGUUUGGACCAAAGAUCACACCAUCUGCCUUACGGUACUGUACAAGGAGCUUCAUUUGGACAUGAGAAACAGAGGCCCGAAAGAGAGUCUCCAUGUCUACCCUGUGGUCAAGUUCAGCGACAAAGAACUGGUAAUGAGGAUUUAUGCUCCUGUACCACCGCCGCCGCCGUCGUCGUCAUCGUGUUGCUGUUCAAGCGCGGGUUGCUGUUCAAGCGCGAGAUUCUUUACCUAUGAGUUCUUCUCUUAUGACCCUGUGCUAAAGAAUACGACCAUUCUAAGCGGAAUAUUGGACAUUAAUGGUCUUUACGUAGAGAGCCUGGUUUCCCCUUGCGAAACGACGACGACGACGACGACGAAGGAGAAUAAAAAGAAGAAGAAGAAGAAGAAGAAGAAAAGAUGGAUAAUGGAAAACGGAUGCAUCGCUUCUCAUGAGCAUUGA